AUGGAAUUAUACUCACAGCUUAAUCGUGCGCAGCUUAGUUACGACUAUCUUCACACCAACUCGACCACCCAUGAGUUUCUGUUUGGUGCAAUCGCGGAACUUAUUGAUAAUGCUCGUGAUGCUGGUGCGACAGAGCUGGACAUAUAUACAAUUAAGGACAGUUCCGUACGUGGGAAUUUCCUACUUUGUUUUGCGGACAAUGGUUGCGGCAUGACAACAGAUGAGGUAAAAAAUGUCAUAAUAUUCGGGAAGUCACUAAAGAAGUGUGAGGACAGUGCCGCCAUAGGUAUGUAUGGGAAUGGCUUAAAAUCUGGUUCUAUGCGAAUUGGAAAGGACUUGAUUUUGUUCACCAAAAAGGAUGGAAUAUACACAUGUUUAUUUCUUUCAAGGACUUUUCAUGAAGAGGAGAAACUUGAUGAGGUAGUUGUUCCUAUGCCCUCGUUUAAAGGCACAGAGAAAACUCCUAUUGCGGAGACUCCUGAAGAGAAGAAGAAACAUGAACUCGAAAUGUUUAUAAUUCUGAAGUAUUCGCCAUUCCGCUGCAUGAAGGAUUUCUUCGCACAAUUUGAUAAACUUAAAGAGAAUUCAGGGACCGUAGUGAUUAUUUACAAUAUGAAACUUCUCGAUCACGGAGGACCUGAGUUGGAUGUAACUACAAAUACCAGAGAUAUACUUCUUAGCCCUGGUUCAGAACAAGAAGAGACCGUUGAACCGGAUGCAGAAGUUAUGCUCCCUCCUGAAAGGCGCAGUCUUCGGGCAUAUGUAUCAAUCCUCUAUUCUGACCCUCGUAUGAAGGUGUAUUUACAAGGUCGGAAAGUACAAACCAAAAGAUUACUUGCAACGCUGCAUAGUACUCGAAAAUACAAUUUUGCCAGUAAGACCUUUCGUACCAGAGCUGAAGCAGAUUUAGCUAAAGCUAAAAAUGAUGUGAGAAUAGCUGAGCUUCGUGCUCAAGAGGCAGAAAGCAAGGCUCGCGAUUGUGAACUUCGCUACCAAGGCUCCGAAGACCCUGAACAUUUGCGUCAAAUACGUCGUCUUCGAAAUGCUGCUGCUGAGCUACGUUCAGCUGUGGAAAUGAAACAAAAUAUUGUUGCAAGAAAAUCAAAAUCAAUCAAGGAUCCUAAGACGCUUACAUUUUAUUUCGGUGUAAAUGUUAUGAAUCGUGCUUGUGAUGGUAUGUUUGUCUAUAAUUGUUCUCGUUUAAUCAAAAUGUACCAACGGAUUGGGCCACAACAAGAUUCUAGUAUGAUGUGCCGUGGUGUAGUUGGAAUUGUUGAUGUACCCUAUAUGGUCCUUGAGCCUACACAUAAUAAACAAGAUUUUGCAGAUGCUAAAGAAUAUCGUCAAUUAAUGCGUGCAAUGGCAGAUCAUUUAAUGCAGUAUUGGGAUGAUCUUGGCAUCGAUAAGGAAUCAGAUAGUUUAAUACGAUUUUGGAAAAGUUUUGGAUAUUUGUCAGCACGUUGGCGGGAUCCACCCAGUAUAGAGGAUAAAUAUGCCCGUCGUCGUUGUUGUUCCGUUUCUAUUUGUGUCCAAUGUGAUAAAUGUCUAAAAUGGAGAAUACUUCCGUUCUCACAAAGUCUUGUCGGACGAGAUGUCCCAGACAACUGGCAAUGUCGAGAUAAUACGGAUCAUAAGCAUAAAAAAUGUGAAGAUCCCGAAGAAGAUAUGAGCCCACCAAUGGGUGUUCUUAAGCGAAAAAUUAAAACGAAAGAACAAAGACAAGCAGAACUUGAAAAACAAAUCCGUAAAAAACAAGAGGAACUUGAACUAAUUCAAGAUCCUGAUGAUGAAAAAACUGAUGAUUCCAGUGCCACUUCUAGCCGUAGUAGUAGUCGGUUAAGUGGACCUACCAAUGGUAAAUCUCCACGUAAGCGGCCUCCUCCACCACCUCAACCUACUUCAAAUCUUCCUAACAAAAAAUCUACUCCUACUCCACCUCCUCCUCCGCCUCGCGCUAUGACAGUUGCUGAUAAGAAACGUCAAGCUGCUGGAUUAGCCUCAUCCAAUGGUCCUUCAUCUACAACAGCUGAAAAGCGUACUGGUUUACCGUUACCAACAAUUAAUCAACGACAACCACGUCCUGGUGGAUUAGUCCCCAAAAUACCACAGCGUAAUUCAAUUACCCCUAAAGUACGCAGAGUUACAACAGCGGAAGAUGAAAGCAGCAAUGAAGAGACUAGUGAUGAAGAGGAAGAUGACGAGGAAGAGAAGCGAAAGGAAAAGGAAGAAGUUAGCAGUAAGCAGACGACUACUCCGAAAACUAAUCGUAACAAACAAAUUACUCCUCCAUCAAAAGUAAAUAAUUCUGUUGUUCCUUCAACGAGUAGUAGCUCAACAGUAGCGAGCACUUCUCAAUCUCAUGAAAAAACUACGUCGAAAAGCAUUGAUGAAGUAAAUGGAAAGAAGAAUAUUAAUAUGGAAAAGAGUCCUGUACACGAUGUAAUUACAAUGCACCAUCGAAAUAGGAAUUCAACGGAUCGUGAUAAUAACGGCGAGGUAACGUCGAUCCCAACAAAUAGAGAUCCCGUGGUAAAUCAGAAUUCGGUUGCAGAAAAAACAACGGAGGUGAAUUCCUCUUCAACAGUAGUAACCUCUUUACCCUCAGAAAUGAAUAUUUCAAUGAACAGAAAAAUCCAAGAGAAAUUCAAGGUUUGUUUACGAUAUUUCUUACCACCGUCAUGGUCAGUGGAAAAGGAUAGAAUCCAUACACUAACAGAAUCAGAUCUUGCAAGCUUCCCUUUAGAAGAUUUCUUUGAUAGAUAUGAACAAGGUCUUCGAAAUCUGUUAACCUCCUUCCAACAGGAAACUGCAGUAGUCACAGAUCAAUUAACAGAACUACGGUCCAAUGUUUGUGAAUUACUGAAGAAAUAUGAUCCUGACUUCAAAGGACCCUUAACCAAUAUAGAAGAAGUGGAUAAUUAUUUGAAAAAUUUCCUUGCAAAAAGUUGA